UAACCCAUUUCCAUGCCAUAUAAGUAUAUAAAGUAGAGUGGAACAAACCAAACACAAUUAAUCUUGUAAUUACUUUUUUGAUUGGUGUCAAGUUACAAUAUAAGCAUGAAUCGUUUGUGGACUUUGCUGACCUACCUUCAUUCUUUGGCCGGGCCAGGGGUGAUGCUGCUCUAUCCAUUGUAUGCAUCAGUUGUGGCAAUUGAGAGCGCAUCAAAAGUUGAUGAUGAGCAGUGGCUUGCUUACUGGAUUUUGUAUUCUUUUCUCACUCUUAUGGAGAUGCUGCUCCUACCUCUCUUGGAAUGGAUACCGAUAUGGUACGAUUUGAAGCUUGCGUUUGUGGCCUGGUUGGUCCUGCCGCAGUUUAGAGGGGCUGCUUUCAUCUACGAGAAAUUUGUUAGAGAGAAGGUGAUCUAUAAAUAUGGAGGAGCCCACAAAUCUCCCAAGUCCAAGAACAAAUUCGUCGAUUUUGUAGCUACAAAUAAGGUAUCUAUGUGUGUUUUUGUUGUCAACUUUUUCAGUAACUAAUCUUAUUUUGCAUAAUCUCUUUUCACACAGGGAGAGCAGGAAGCUUACUAGUGAAGAUGCAUAUGCUUCAAAAACAAGAAGAAGCUGUCUGGCUGAGAUGUGCAUCUUUUUUGUUUUUUAUUUGGGAAUUAGUGUAUGAACGAAACAGACUUAACUUUUACUUUGGUGGGUGCAGUGUAUAAUACAGUUGCUGUUAAAUUUC